GUAGGUACAAUAAAGCAUAGGCCAUUCAACAGCCUAUGAUUUCAUUCGCAAGUCUUAUGUAUGUGGAAAUAAUCCUUACCUAUAUCCUACCGUGGGUGGGGCACUCAGCUGAUGGAUUUUCCCCUUUGAGUCACAUCUCCUUUGGUCUACCAUGGCAUGACCAUUCUUGUUUCUUGGCUCUUAUUACUAACUGUAAGUAGUUCUUAGUCUCCUUUAGUGUUACUCCAGAAAUGGCUUUUUUAGGGCUGAGUUCUGCCUUUCCAUCCUGUGUGUGGAUAGUCUGCAUGCCUUGUGUGGGGAUUAGAAUUCUCUGACUCUGGCAGCUGUGUUCUUUCUGUGCUGUAUGGCUGGAAAACAUCUUAAAGCCACUUGUGGGAAGAACAGCUUUUGAAAAAUAUGGGUUUUAAAGUCAGACAGAUUUCUAAGUCUAAAUUUCCUGCAAAAGAGGACAAUAAACAAUAUAACAUCUCCCUCAGUUUUAAGGUUACUUCCUUGUACCACCUUACCCACUAACCACACUAAGUCAGCUUACUUUGUUUUAAAAUGUCUUGGAAUUUUGUUCCUUCUCUUUUGAAUACUUAUCUGGAUACUUAUACAGAAUACCACAGAAUAGUAGGUAUUAGAGUUUAGGAAUGAUUAGUUUAUCAGUAUAUUUCUUCCCUACCACAAUGUAAGUUCCACUAGAGCAGAGGCUAUACCUGACGUAGUUCACGAUUAUAUUUCCAGCUUCCAGCACUGGCCCAGCUCCUCAAAUAUUUGUUGAAUGGGUGGAUAUCUUAUAAGGUUGGUGGAGAAGGAAAGGAGGCAAAGUGUAUAAAACAGUGUAUAAAUACUUACAGAUAUGUGUGUGUGUGUGUGUUUAUCAGUACAUAGAGUGUUAUGGUUAGCACAUGGUAAGUAUUUGGUAAAUGUUAACGUUUAUUUUUUUACUCUUGCUUGAAAUGUGAACUGAAAAUGGCCCUCCUUCUUGUAUAGCAACACGGACACUUCUUGUAUUAUGUCAUUGACCCUCCCCAACUAAAAGUACCUGGAUUGAUCUGAAUGUUUAUUUUCAUCUUUUCUACUCAAGCACCUGGCUAGACCCACAGAGCUGGGAGCAUUACCUCACAGUGCUUUCAAUCUCCCAAUACUCAGUUCACUCAUUACACAUUUGGUGAUUUAACUCAGAGAAUUGCCAAGAUCACAUUUCCAAGCUGGUCUUCUAAAACUGCCCAUCUCUCCACAGACUAACCAGAAUGGCCUCAGGGAAGAGAACAGACUAGUAGAAGGCUACACAUGUUAGCAAAAAUAACUGCAUAGUGCACACUACAAGUUUCAACGGUGUUAAAUUUCCAUUUGACUAAUGUUUUGCUUAGAAACUUAACAGGAACUUUAGCAACAGGACAGAAUAUAACAUUGUAAAUCAACUAUACUUCAAUAAAAUAAGUAGAUAAAAAUAAGUAAAUGGCUAAAUGAAACUUAGAUUUAUACCUAGGCAAUUGGGAGAAUCUGACAUUUUAUGUGCCAGCAUAUAGUAGGUGCUCAAUAAAUAACUACUGAAUGAAUUUGGGGAGGGGAGAAAGCAUGUCUCGGUGGCUCUUGGCAUUAAUUGCCUCCCCCUACAGAUACUAUAAAUCCCAUUCCUGUCUUUGAGCAGAGAUUUAAAAACAGGACUCUAGUAAAAGCAGGCAUAUCUUCAUAAUCAGGACAAGCUUUUGCUUUACUACACAUAGUUAUAAAAAAACGCGGGGGGGACAAAGUUUCCCGAAUUUCUAGAUGGGAAAUGGUGGUUUCUGUACUGCAGGAGUGCAGACCGGCCUCGUGGUUCCUGAGGGCGAGAUGUGUAACUCCUCUUCCUCCCCAUGUUCUUGGCUGAGACACGCUAAGGGUCAGUUUGUGGAAAUGCAAGGAGAAGGCGAUUUCAGUAUCUUCGGGUAGAGAGACGCUAAUGAGGAAGUCAGGCUGUAAAGGCCAGCAAUAGGGAAAGGGAAUUCAACUUAACUUGUAGUCGGGACUGUUAAAAAAAAAAAGGAGGCGGGAAUAAAAGAAGUAGGAAAAAUUGGGGGGAAGAGAGAGACUAGAAAAGGAAAACCAGAAGAGGAAGGAAGGAGUGUUAUCUACGCAAUUUGUUGUUUCUCCUGCUCUUCCUCUCUCACUCCCUCCAGAAGCUAGAAAAAGUUUGCAUGCACAGCAUUCGGAAUGGGAGAGCGGUCUCUUGAUUUGCAGACCCGUGAGGAGAAGCGCCCACUUCACCCUUCCCCGUUCCCGCCGCCGUUUUCCCCCUCUCCGGAGGAUGGAGGGCAGUCCUCGAGACCCAGGGAAGCGGUAGCCCAGGCGGAUCCCCCUGGAUCCAGCAGGGCUCAAGCAGCGGGCAGCUCUCUCUCCGGCAAAACCUCCCCUCCCUCCUUCCUCCUCCUCCCGAAAAGGAAAAAGAUCGAACCUCUAAACCGGCUUUACCCCUCCCCCUCUUCCUGGGGGAGCUAAAGCAGAGAGUACAGUUCUGUGAUUCACUGGAGAGAAAAGAGGGUGGAGGCAGCAGAGAACUCCAGUGCCAAAACUAAGUAAGUUCUCUGACAAAACGCACGCAGGUUGCGGCGCCUCCGCCGGGCCACCAACCCCGCGGAGACCAAGUGGGCUUGGCGUGGAGCGUGCACGGGGUCAGGGACCCACUUCGGUCCCCGUGCGCUCCAGCAGCGGAGAGAAGGAACCGCUGCUCGAAAUUCCUGCGGAGAAGAGGUGGUCAGCGGUGGAGGGAGAUCAGUAAAGCGGGCUGUUUUUGUCAUUUCGCCGCCUGGUGAGUGUCGGGGAGAUUGGCAAACGCCUCGGAGAAGACCGAGAGAAAUAGCUCUGGAAAAGUGGAGAGAGUGAUCCGGAGGCCGGUUCACUGCAUGCUGCUUGUUAUCUGCAUGGGUAAGAGCUCUUUUUCGGCGGUUCCACUUCCCAGUACUUUCCAGGUGACCGGACUGCCGAACCUACGGUCGACCCCGCAACCAACGGUGCGCGCGCCCCUGGGAGAACCUCACUCCUCCACCUCGAGGGCGAAAAGUUAUGGCUACGAAAAGUUCCUGCCCAAGGUGAUUAUCAAUUCCUUACUUGAUUUUUUUUUUUCUCUUGAGAACUUUUGGGUGGAGGCAUUAACUUUUUGUGUGGAAGCUACUUUGGGGAGCGAGGAGGAGGAGGAAAAAGUGCGAUCUGAUGGAGAAAAGCGACUCCUUGGUCUCUGACACGUCCCAUCCCCUAAGCCACCACGUGUAGAAGAUUAAAGUUUUUGGACGUGUUGACAGCUGAGAGGAGCACGGACUUCUUUCCAGGCGGAGACCCCUCCACCUCCACCGCCUGUUGGUUCUACCCCUCCUGCGUGCAUGUGUGCGCCAGCGGCGGCGCGCGGUGCGUUGUUCUGCCUUGGAGUUUCAGCCGGGACCAGAGUGAAUGGCCCCCAGGGGCUGCGCGGGACCUCCGCCGCCGCCACUUCCUCCGCAGGCCUGGGUCUGGCCCGGAAAGAUGCUAGCCAUGGGGGUGCUGGCAGGCUUCUGGGUCCUCAGCCUCCUCACCUACGGUUACCUGUCCUGGGGCCAGGGCUUGGAGGAGGAAGAGGAAGGGGCUAUGCGACCUCAAACUGGAGAGAGACCAGAGCCCAGCAUAACUACCAUCUCCCAGCCCCAUCUCAUUUUCAUCCUAGCGGAUGAUCAGGGAUUUAGAGAUGUGGGUUACCACGGAUCGGAGAUAAAGACUCCCACUCUUGACAAGCUUGCUGCCGAAGGAGUUAAACUGGAGAACUACUAUGUCCAGCCUAUUUGCACACCGUCCAGGAGUCAGUUUAUUACUGGAAAGUAUCAGAUACAUACCGGACUUCAGCAUUCUAUCAUAAGACCUACACAGCCCAACUGCUUACCUCUGGACAAUGCAACCCUACCUCAGAAGCUGAAAGAGGUUGGAUAUUCAACACAUAUGGUUGGAAAAUGGCAUUUGGGUUUUUAUAGAAAAGAAUGUAUGCCCACCAAGAGAGGAUUUGAUACCUUUUUUGGUUCCCUCUUGGGAAGUGGUGAUUACUAUACACACUACAAAUGUGACAGUCCCGGGAUGUGUGGCUAUGACUUGUACGAAAAUGACAAUGCUGCCUGGGACUACGACAAUGGCAUAUACUCCACACAGAUGUACACUCAGAGAGUGCAGCAAAUCUUAGCUUCUCGUGACCCCAGAAAGCCUCUAUUUUUAUAUAUUGCCUACCAAGCUGUGCACUCUCCACUGCAAGCCCCUGGCAGGUAUUUUGAACACUACAGGUCCAUUAUCAACAUAAAUAGGCGCAGGUAUGCUGCCAUGCUUUCCUGCUUAGACGAAGCAAUCAACAAUGUGACCCUGGCUCUAAAGACAUAUGGUUUCUAUAACAACAGCAUUAUCAUAUACUCUUCAGAUAACGGCGGCCAGCCCACAGCAGGAGGAAGUAACUGGCCCCUCAGAGGUAGCAAAGGAACCUACUGGGAAGGGGGGAUCCGGGCUGUUGGCUUCGUGCACAGUCCACUUCUGAAAAACAAGGGAACGGUGUGUAAGGAGCUUGUGCACAUCACUGACUGGUAUCCCACUCUGAUUUCACUGGCUGAAGGACAAAUUGAUGAGGACAUUCAACUGGAUGGCUAUGACAUCUGGGAGACCAUAAGUGAAGGCCUUCGUUCUCCCCGAAUAGAUAUUUUGCACAACAUCGACCCCAUUUAUACCAAGGCGAAAAAUGGCUCCUGGGCGGCAGGCUAUGGGAUCUGGAACACUGCCAUCCAGUCGGCCAUCAGAGUACAGCACUGGAAACUGCUCACAGGGAACCCUGGGUACAGUGACUGGGUGCCCCCUCAGUCGUUCAGCAACCUAGGGCCAAACCGGUGGCACAACGAACGGAUUACGUUGUCAACUGGCAAAAGUGUAUGGCUGUUCAACAUCACAGCCGACCCCUAUGAGAGAGUGGACCUUUCUAACAGGUAUCCCGGAGUUGUGAAGCAGCUCCUCCGGAGGCUCUCACAGUUCAACAAGACCGCGGUGCCUGUCAGAUACCCCCCCAAAGACCCCAGAAGUAACCCUCGGCUCAAUGGAGGAGUCUGGGGACCAUGGUAUAAAGAGGAAAACAAGAAACAGAAGUUACGCAAAAAUAAGACUGAGAAAAAGCAGAAGAAAAGUAAGACAAAGAAGAAACAGCAGAAAGUGGGUUCGUUUACAAAUUGCCGAUUGGGUGUUCCUCGUGGAUAGGUACAAAUUUUUUCCUGUCUGGUUAAACUUAAAUCAGUACUUAGUCUUUCACCAGUUUUCUAGGUGAACCAGCAUGUUUUUGGCUCAGUAGGAUUCCUGCCAUCAGCCUCGCUGUUUUCAUGUUGUGCUACUCCAGAGACUUCUGCCACCUGGAAAGCUUGUGCUCAGUGACAAAGGUGCUACUUUUGGAAGCCAUGCUUAGAGCAGAAAGGAGAUGUUUGUUUCUCUUGCUCGUUUAUAAAAGGUGGUCAGUGACGAGUCCAGCUGUUGUGCUUCAGUCAAUUGACCAACCACUAUGCUUUAAAUUAUAACAUUGGACUGUAACCUGCAAUUGAUGGACAUGCUACUUUGAUGGAAGUUACAGAGCAGCAUGAUUAAAAACCACCUUUGAUGAAGUGUAGUCAAAGGUUGCAUCACCUCAAAGGCCUUGAAGAACAUUUUUUUCUUAGAGAAUUUUUGUAUAUCUAUCAUAGGGCACUUGGGUUUUUUUAAUUAAUUCUAUUUCAUAUAUCAUUUCCUUUCCUGUGAAAAUAAGCUGUUUUUCUCACAUGUGAACAGCUUGCACCUCACUUUAUCAUGCGUAAGGGAAUGGCAAAUAAGAAAGUUUGAGCACACUGCCAAAACGUGAAUGUAACUAUUCUCUAAACACUUUAAUAGAAUGAUGUUUCAGAAUAAAGUACAUAAUUUAUUUUUACAGAAAAAAUAUUAAUUAUUUUGUUUUCAUAAAUAGUUAUACAGAUGACUUUUAAUUAUUUUAUUUUUAUUUUCUACAUACCAUUAGAAGAAUUUUAUUUCAUAUUAUCAAGAUUAUCAAGCACUGUAAUACUAUAAAUUAAUAGUGUGUGAAUUUAUAGAAUAUAAAAAGAAAAAAAUGAUAAUCAUUGUUCAACCAUUAUUUUGAAUGUAAUAAGAUGAAUAUAUUCCUUACAAAUUACUUGGAAAUUCAGCGUUUGUACAGAAUUGAGAGACAACUUUAUUGUUUCUGUCAUAAACACUUUAUUUAUGUAUCUUAAUUAUUAAAAUGACAUUUUAUAGCACCA